CGAACAACCCCCGACAUAACGCUCGCGCGCGCGACCGCAGCGGACGUAUCGUGGUUUUCUUUUACCGCGUUUUUCGUUUCCCUUUCGUUCUUUCCGUUUAUGAUUUAAGCCGCCACCAUGUCGAAAGGCGACGGUGAACAGCAAAAUGGAUCGGGCGAGGAGUCCAAAACCAAUCUUAUCAUCAACUACCUCCCGCAGAGCAUGACGCAGGAGGAGAUAAGGAGUCUGUUCUCGAGCAUCGGCGAAGUGGAGUCUUGCAAGCUGAUCAGGAACAAAGGUGCAGCGUUUCCGGACGCGCUCAACCACGCGCUCCACGGAGGCGGACAGAGUCUGGGAUACGCGUUCGUGAAUUAUCACCGGCCGGAGGAUGCGGAGAAGGCUAUCGCCACACUCAAUGGACUGCGGCUCCAGAACAAAACUAUUAAAGUGUCGUACGCGCGGCCGAGCAGCGAAGCUAUCAAAGGUGCGAAUCUAUACGUGUCCGGGCUACCGAAAACGAUGACGCAAACCGAGUUGGAGCGGCUGUUCAGUCCAUACGGACGGAUCAUCACGUCGCGGAUUCUGUGCGAGAACUCCGGUGGGAGACCGUUCACGGGCGGUGAACAAGGUCUCUCCAAAGGAGUGGGCUUCAUCCGCUUCGACCAGCGAGUGGAGGCGGAACGGGCAAUCCAGGAGCUGAACGGGACGGUGCCUAAAGGUGCUACUGAGCCGAUCACUGUGAAGUUCGCGAACAAUCCGAGCAAUAACGGAAAGGCGCUGGCGCCGCUGGCCGCGUACCUUCCGGCGGCGCUGCGCUUCCCGGCGCCCCUCGGCCGGUUUAGUUCAGGCAAGUCGUUAUUAGCAAUUAAUAAGGGUCUGCAGCGUUACAGCCCGCUGGCGGGCGAGCUGCUCGGCGGCGUGCUGCCCGGCGCCGUCGGCUCUGAAUGGUGCAUUUUUGUAUACAACCUCGCGCCGGAGACCGAAGAGAACGUACUGUGGCAACUCUUCGGGCCCUUUGGCGCCGUCCAGAGCGUCAAAGUCAUAAGGGACCUUCAGACCAAUAAAUGCAAAGGUUACGGGUUCAUAACGAUGACUAACUACGACGAAGCGGUGGUCGCCAUCCAGUCGCUGAACGGGUACACACUCGGGAACAGAGUGCUACAGGUCAGCUUCAAGACCAAUAAGAUCAAGACCAUCUAAGGGGAUCGUCGAGGAUUCGGCCUAGCUGGACGAUAGGACGGCACAGCAGGCGCGCACCCAUACAUACACACACACAUACACACACUCGCAGCAGCGCCGGCCCCGAGCCGCGGUCGCCGGCGGCUGCGGCCUCUAAUCGCACGACUUGGACCCGACGUGGAGUACGUCUUCCGGGCGCCACGCUCGCCCGCCGCCGCGCCGCUCCACGCCGCGGUGCGACAGCGGGACACGUUUUGUACAUUUAUUAUAAACUAGCGAAUGUUUUUGACUCGCUCAAUGUGCGGCGGCCCUUUGUUCAGCGGCCAUGUUCAUUUACGCGUAUCAUAGUACACGGAAUUGGGUUAAGUGUUUCGGGAAAUCAAAAUGGCGGAAUCGCCACCGUCCCGCGGGCCCGGCGCGCAUGUCCCAAUGAAAUGGCCGAAGCUGAAUGAAAGGCCGCCCCGAGCAUGCAAUAAUUUUAGAUCAAUGUACAGCAUCAGAUGCUAACGGCGUAUGGUAACCCGGCCACCGCUGAACCAUACAUAUUGGUCAUAGUCAAUAACAAAAUAAUGAUAUUAAACUUCGCUUAUGAACGGUUGUGGUUAUCGAGAAAUAGUUUUCGGAUAUAAUAAUAAUAAAUACUUAUUAGCAAUAAUAACAUUAUGCGAUGCUAUACUCCAAUUUUAUAAGCGACCAUAUCGUGUUAAGUACGAGUAUAACAUACGUGGUUAAGGAGAUAAUUGGACACAGAUCAAUAAAUAAUAUGCCAAAAUAUAUAUCGAGGUAUAGUCAUCUCUGUCGCUCACGUCACGUCCGUAUAGGUUAGCAAGACAAAUGGCACACCAGCGGCGCGGCGCCUUCACAUCCGCGCCCCAUAUAACGAAGUAAAAUAGUGUUAUAUUGUUAAAAGAUUGGAAGAUAUAUAUUAUCUAUACGUAUAUUUUAAUCAUAUAUUAAACUAAUUAAGGAUGAAACUAAUCAAAAACUGUGAUAGGUUUUGAUAAAAUUUUAGCAAAAAAAAAAAAUAAUCGGAAAGAUCUGAGACAUGAAGGGGUACGGUACCCCGAGGGUCGUCGACCGACGCCACUGAUAGGUAGGUUAGUUUUUUGAGAUAAAUUUUGGAAGUAACGAAACUAGGAUUCGCAUUACGCUUAUAGAAGAAGUUCGUGUCGGAAAAUCACGGAUUGGACACAGACCGGCGUUACAUUUCGUGCGGAGAGGGGAAAAUCGAUCGAGGUGUUCUGGGCAACG